ACAGGCAGGAGCGACGCGACGCGUCGCCAAGGCAGCAAUCAUACAUCGCCUGCACUUCAAACGAAUCUCCAGUGGCGCAUCGCACUCAGCUUACGCUUGUCUCCCGUCUCUCGUGCUCGAUCUCUCAAAAAUGCACACUAUGGACCACUACAAGUUUUCCACCACCAAACUCCUCGACAACGGCAAGUUUUCCGACUUUACAAUUGUCUGUGGCGCUACAGGCAGAGAAUACAAGACCCACAGGUCCAUUUUGUCCUCACAGUCCAAAUGGUUCGACCGUUGCUGCUCAAGAGAGGACUUCAUUGAAGGACAGGAACGUCGAGCUGUCCUUCGUGAGGACGAUCCACUGGCGCUCGAAAAAAUGGUCGAGUAUUUCUAUAGAUUCGAUUACAGCGACGAUGUGUCGGGAGUCGACCAGGAUCAUCAGAGUCCGCCAAGCGUUGUCUCCAGCGGGACCAUUGUGGACGUGAUUGCUGCCAGCAUCACCGAGCUUCCAAUUCAGCUGCACGCUCAGGUUUACGCGAUAGCAGACAAGUACGAAGCCCCGGACGUGAAGAAAGCCGCUCAGGACAAGUUCCGCGCAGAGCUUGCGAAGAAUAUGGAUUCGACCAAGGUCAUGGGAGCUGCUAUUGCUGCUGUGUACCUGGAGACAGAGCUACCAGAGUCGGAUCGAGGACUCAAAGACCUACUCGCAACGGCCUGGGUUGUGCCAGGAAACCGGCGCAUCACAGAGCUGCACGUCGACUGCCUCAAGUACGUCCUCACAGCAGCUCCAGAUUUCCUUUUUGACGUGCAGAAGUUGCUGUUGCGAAGCUUUCCCAGCUGCACCAGACACCCCAAGUUCCGUUGUCCAAGUUGCAAGAAGCUGUCCGUCGUCUACUACAGCAGUGUCGAGGAGCUUUGGAGAAGUACACCCAUUUCCUGCAAUGCCUGCCAUACAGGCGUCCAGCCACGCUGGAUCGAAUUCAGUCAGUAUCUCAAGGUCGAGAGAUGGUGGGUGACUGAGCAGGGCGCAUAGGCCGGCCAUCCACAAUUCUUUAGCAGGCAGUCAAUCGCGACCUUUGCUCAGGCUCGGUGGAACUGAUCAGGGUGAGCCAGAGAGGGGCACAGGUGUAGCGCGGGCAGGAUAAUGG